AGAUUCUGCUCCUGUUGAUGCUGCUGCCAGCCUGGGGUGGAGGCAGAGCAGGUCAGGCCUUUGUUUCACUACAGCCCUAGAGGUGCAGCUUCCAACCUUUCUCUGGGCUGAUGCCAUCCGCCUGGUCACUCGGGCUGGGACCUGCCAUGUUCCUCCCUUGUGUGCCUUUGGCUAGGGGUGCCAGUCUGGCUUUGCCAUGCUGGCCCUGCCAGCUGCCCAGGCUUGGGUAUAUCUUUGACUUAAAUCUGGAUUUGCUUCACUGCAGCCAGGAGGGUUCGGCUUGAUGCAGUGGAGCUGAGAUCAGGUCCAGCCCCAUGCCCUGCUCUCAUUUCUGCCCCCUUCCUGAAGCCCAGUUUCCACAGGGCUUGGACCCAGGGGGUUGGGGGGCUGUCUCAGGGUGAGCACAGCCCCUGGCUGCAUCCUUCUCUGCUGCUUAAAUCCCCACCCCCCCAAGUUAGUGCCUUAGCAGUUUUAGCUUCUAAAUUCACUGAUCCCCUGGGGUUUCAAUGUAGGACACCUGGGUUUUCAGGAGGGGCGGAGGUGAAGAGCACCUGGGAUGGCGGCUUUGCUGUGACAUUUUAAGUCCAUUAGCUCUCCUGUCUAAUUCCCUGUUGCACUGCAUCACUGCGGAUUUGGCUAAUUGAAGAGGAAGGAACGAUGCUGGGGGAGGGUGUGUGGGGGGGGUCCUCAGCUGCUCCAGAGCCAGCCAGCUUUGGGCACACAGUCUGGCUGAGCAGCUGACAUUAUUGCUAGAGGAGGGCUGGGGCAUUGGUGAGGAGACUGCAGGUUCUGGGCAGGCCCCAGACUGGAGUUUGCUGCUGUCUUCGCAGGGAGGGACCCAGAGUCUCCCACCAUCCGACCGAGCCGGGAAGCCCCGGCCACGAAGGGGGUGCUGCUCACUGUCAGGUCUUGCCAUUUCAGCCCACCUGAAGCCAGGGAGGUGCAGGGAUGAGGGUGCCCUGGGCUUUCCUUUGUGCCCUGUGCCUGGCGCCGGGGGGCAGCGGUGAGUACUCCCUGCCCAAGUUCAUCUGCAGUCCCAUGCCCUUGGAGAUGGAGCAUGGCUGCCAGUCAGCCAGCCAGCCACGACAUGGGGCGGGUGGUGGGAGCCACUGGGUGGGCACGCUGGAGGAAGCCAAGGAGACCAUCUUGCACCUGCGGGAGACAGUGGUGCACCAGAAGGAGACCAUCCUGGACCAGCGGGAGACUGUGCGGGAGCUGACGGCCAAGCUGAGCCGCUGUGAAGCCCGUUCCUGGGGCCAUGAGAGUGGAGAGCACAGCUCAGAGCAUGGCAGUGGCCACCACGAGGAGAACCACAGCCAUGACCACCGGGCAGGUGGCCACCAUGAGGACAACCACAGCCAUGAGCACCGAGCAGGUGGUGGGCACCACGAGGAUGACCAUGGCCAUGAUCACCGUGUGGGUGGAAGCCACCACGAGGAUGAUCACGGCCACGACCACCGGCUCCACCAUGAGGACGACCAUGGGCAUGAGCACCGGCUGCACCAUGAGGGGCACUGGGUUGGUGGACACCAUGAUGGUGGGGAGCUACAUGGGCGGGAAAAUGAGUACCACCACUUUGGGCACCGUGAGCACCUGGAGCCGCAGGCUGGCCACAGUGGGCACGAGGCAUACCGCAAGGGUGCUGCUGCCGCCAACACCAUGGAAGACCCACCCCGGGAGACACUGCCUGGUGCCCACCAGAUGGAGCGCCUUCUGGAGUCUCUGAAGGAGCGUCUGGAGCAUCUCCAGCACAACCGCAACAGCUCAGGUUUCUCAUCCUCUCUGCGGGACGCCCUGCAGAAGAAGAUCAGCAUCUUGGAGCAUCAGAUCCAGGAGAAGUUCAAUGCCACAGAGCCUCACUGGCAUAAGCCUGACAGCCAUGGUAGUGAGAAGGGGCACAAGGUGGACAAGCUUUCUGAGGACUUCCGGGUGGGCUUCCCGCUCCGCACCAACUACAUGUAUGUCAAGGUGAAGCGGAUGCUGCACCACGAGGUCUUUGCCUUCUCCAUCUGCCUGUGGCUGAAGUCCAGCACAGCGCCUGGUGUUGGCACCCCCUUCUCCUACUCAGUGCCUGGCCAGGCCAAUGAACUGGUGCUCAUUGAGUGGGGCAACAACCCCAUGGAGCUGCUCAUCAAUGACAAGGCUGCCACCCUACCUCUGGCCAUUAACGAUGCCAAAUGGCACCACAUCUGUAUCACCUGGUCGACACGGGAUGGUGUUUGGGAGUCCUACCAGGACGGGGUGCGCAGGGGCAGUGGGGAGAACCUGGCCCCCUGGCACCCUAUCAAACCAGGGGGCAUCUUCAUCCUGGGGCAAGAGCAGGACACGCUGGGUGGCCGGUUUGAUGCCACGCAGGCCUUCAUUGGUGAGCUUUCUGACUUCAACAUGUGGAGCCGCAUUCUGACGCCAGGCGAGGUUUACAAGAUGGCCACAUGUGCCAGCCAUGCUGGUGGCGACCUCAUCACUUGGGUUGAGUCCUCUAUGGAGCUGCACGGCGGUGUGGCCAAGCUGCCCUUCAACUCCUGCCACUGAGUUGUGAGGCCUGGAGCUGCCCGGGGCUGGAAGCCCAGAUGCCUGGGUUCUCUUCCUGGCUCUGGGAGGGGGCAUGGGCUAGGGGAGAGGUCUGGACACCUGGGUUCUCUCCCCAGCUACUGGGAGACAUGGAGUUCUGUGGCUUUCAUCCCGGCCCCCUCUCCUGCCACAGAUGGACUUCUGGCCCUUCUCUGUCCUCUCCCAGUGAGGCACCUUUUGAGGCCCCCCAGUCCUCAGCUCUUCUCCUACUGUGACCCCCUCACCCCUCCUCCUGCCACUGGGCACUUGGGGGGAGGGGGGAGGGUGUCUCUGGGGGCUGUCCUAGCCAGCCCAGCCCAGCCCAGCCACAGGAGCCGCUUGCUGUGCCAGCACAGAGGUGUUUGGGGAGCACCAGCAGGUCAUUUGCCCCUUGCUGGGGGGCGGCAUCCCAAUCCCAAUAAUACCCCUGGGCGAGGUGAUCCCCACCCCCAACUAGGUCUGGCCUUAGGUAACUGCCCUCUCCCUGGGGGAGAUGAUCCCAUUCUAUACCCAGGCCAAGCUGCACCCCUGAAGCCAGGACACAGCCAGGUGGUGCUGUGAGUAUUGCUAGCACCUCAUGCCCAUCCUGUGUGCCUCAGGCCCUGGUGAGGAGGAUCAGGGGCCAAGACCCCGUGCUGGUGGAGAGAAGGCAAGGAGGGAGGCACAGGACACCGGGGUUUUCCUCCUGAAUAAAUACAACCUCCCCUGCUCCCUGUGUGACUGUGGGCAAGUCCCCAUGUCUCUAGGCCUCAGGUUGGAUUGAACCAGGAGUGUCCCACAGUGUCUGUGCACAGCAGGGCCUGACCUUGAACUGGGGGCUUGGGCCCCAAUUUUAGCCUCAGGGAGGUAUAGGCAGCACCUGGCAUGAAGGGGGUGGGGGAGGUCUGUGCAGUGGCAUGUAAGCAGCACCUAGCACAAGAGUUCCCCCAAUAUCCCCCUCCUCCCUGCUGUGCUCCUCCAGGAAAAGGCUAGAGCAGGGUGAAGCCAGGAGGCAGGACUCCUGGGGGCCCUCCCAGCUUUGGGAGGCACGUUGGGUCCAGUGGUUAGAGCAGGGAGGGGGGCUAACUUUCGGUCCUGGUGUAGGGAGACCCAUCUGCUGUUGUACAUACCUAUCUGUGCACCUAGCUUAGGGCCCUCGCUCUUUAUACAUACUGUGGCCCUUCAGCCCUUGCUGGAUGUUUGAUACAUAGAGAUCAAAGCUAUUUUCUUACUCUGAAGGCAUUUAAUAAACCUGCCAAAGAACCA